GCCAAAGGAGACUUAUACUGGAGGUGGCUGACAGCUGUAAACAAGCAGCAGAGAGGCUCAGACACUUUGAGGAACACUUCACGGUUAAAACGCGGUGAAGAAGGACGGAAGUGGCCAGCUUACAAAUGGUGAGGGGCAAAGCUUUGGCCCAUUGUGGGCUGGUUCUGCUCAGUUUGUGGCUGUGUAUCCAGUCAGUGCCUAUCAGUAUGGACAAGACCAAAGAAAUCCCUCAUGAAGAGCUGGAGCCACCACAGAGUGCUGACACUGGGCUGCACUACGACCGCUACCUCAGAGAGGUCAUUGAGUACCUCGAGAAAGACCCCCACUUUAAAGAAAAGCUCAAAAAUGCCAACAUGGAUGACAUCAAGUUAGGCAAACUUUCCAAAGAGCUGGACUUUGUCCACCACAAUUUUCGUACUAAACUGGACGAGCUGAAGAGAGAGGAGAUGAACAGGCUGCGGAUGCUCAUCAAAGUCAAACAAGACAUCCAGGGAGGUAACGGGCGCACAGUGGACCACCACGCCCUGCUGAAACAGUUUGAGCACCUCAAUCACCUGAACCCGGAAACAUUUGAGGUGGAGGACCUGGACCGUCUCAUCAAAUCGGCAACCAACGAUCUGGAGAACUAUGACAAGGAUCGCCACGAUGAGUUCAAAAGGUAUGAGAUGAUGAAGGAGCAUGACAGGAGGGAACGUCUGAAGAACAUGAAUGAGGAGGACCGCAAGAAGGAGCAGCAGCACUAUGAGGAGAUGAGAAAGAAACACGCCAGUCAUCCAAAAGUGAACCACCCUGGCAGUCAAGACCAGCUGAAGGAGGUGUGGCAGGAGGCAGAUGGUAUGGAUCCAGAAGACUUUGAUCCCAAGACCUUCUUCAAAAUGCACGACAGCAACGGAGAUGGCUUCUUCGAUGAGAGCGAGCUCGAAGCACUCUUCACUAAAGAGCUGGAGAAGGUGUACAACCCUGAAAAUGAAGAAGACGACAUGAUUGAAAUGGAGGAAGAGAGACUGCGAAUGAGAGAGCAUGUUAUGAAUGAGGUGGACACCAAUAAAGACAGACUUGUGUCAAUGAGUGAGUUCAUAGCAGCCACAAAGAAGCAAGAGUUCUUGGAAAAAGACGAGUGGGAGACUUUAGAUCAAAACCCCUUUUACACCGAGGAGGAGCUGAGAGAGUAUGAACAGCAACUGGUCCAUGAGGAGAACGACAUCAAUAAGAAGUCAGCCGAGCUGCAGAAACAGAGGGAGGAGCUUCAAAGGAAAGAGGAAGAACUUAAUGCUCAGAAGUUCGGGCUACAGCAGGCGGUAGCAGAAAUAGAAAGGCUAAAAGCCCAAAGCUCAAUUGCUGAGGUCAAAGAGUCCGGAGUUCCUACAGCUAAUAGUGAAUCCCAACCAGUCGUACCAGGAAACAAUCAACCACUGCCCCCCGCUCACCAGCAGCAAGAUGUACCAGUGCCAGGACACUCUUAGCAGGCUUCAAUACUCUGCGUGCUGUAUGACUGCCAGUGAGCCUGCACGUGUGUGUGUGUUUGUCUUGUAAUGAUUUAAUUUUCCAUUUUUGGUUAGGGUUUUCAAAAAAACAAAAAAAAACACUUGAUAAAUAUCUGCCUAAAUAUUAAUCUCAGGCUUCAGAUUUGGUGUUAGUGCCCAUGAUUCAGCUGCAUAAAUCAGACUUGAAACGUGGAGCAGUUUUCCUGGCAGACAACUGACCCUUUUGUUUUUGUCAUUUUGGUCUUUUAUCACAACAAGGACUUGCAUGUUCUCCAUGGGAAGUGCUUUGGGGUGAAAUGGGGGAGGGCUUUUGGCCUAAUAAGUGAAUGUUUUGUUUAGUGCACACUGUAGUUCAUUGUCACAGAUACUGUUGCUUAAAGGAAACAACUUUAUUUAUUCCACUAAAGAAAAGAAGGCCCAUUUUUUUUCUGAGAAACCUUUGUCAGAAAUGUAAGUGUUUUUGUUGUGUUGUGUUUACGUAGUGCUGCUGUCUAAUGAAAGGACAUUCUCCAUUUUUUUAGUAACUUGUAAGAUCAUGAUCAUGUUUAUUUUAUGAUUUAUGUGACAAUGUACACCUCUGUUGGUGUAAAAAGUAUGCUAUCAAUCAAAGUUUAGAAAUCACAGUUUUUCAGAAGACCUUUUCUAGCUGUUCUCCUUUUUUGAUCAGGUGAUUGAAGAACAUUUAAUUUACAAAUAGUUAAAGCUCUUAAUUUAAUAUAAAUGUGCUGGUGUCAGAGUGACAGUUUGGAAUCUGAAGUGGUUGUAUGUGUUUGGUGUGUCUGUGAAUUUGUAAUUUUUCUUCAUAGAAUACUUUUAAUUUAUUCAUUCUCUACACUGCUGUGAAUGAAGCUGCAGCAGGUCAUCUCUGUCAUAGAUGUUAAAUUACACCAAAAAUAGUCACAGGGUCAAAACUGUCCAUAUUAUAGAGUAAUACAACCAAUGAGAGACAUAAGGAUACAAAUAAUUUGUAUACUUUACUUAUACUUUAUUUAUCAAAAAGUAUACUUUUUGAUGAGUUAAGUUACAAUGGACUUGUUGGUUUUAUUUUUUUUAUGUCCCUUUUCAAAAAGCAGUGAAAUCUGUCCACCACUCAACAUCCUGAAUCAUGAAACAGUUGUACAAGGUUUGAAUGUGGACAAUAAAGUGAAUGAGCUUGCA